AUGAUGAUGCAACAGCACGAGAUGGACCAGGCGGCACCGCGCACUGGGCAUGCCCACCGCAGUCUGCAGCGUCUCUACAUCCAUUGUGGCCAUGUCGUAGGUGAGCGCACCAUUUCGGAGCUGGCGCCUGUGCCAACCGCAGCGUCGUCGAUCACCCGCAUCGCCAACUACCAGUGGCGCAACUGGGCCGGCAUCCACACCGCCACACCGAAGUACCUGUACAAGCCCACCAGCGCCAGGGAGAUAGUCGAAGUGCUGGCCACCGCGCGGGCCGCUAAAGAGCACGUCAAGGUGGUGGGAUACAGCAACUCGCCCGGAGUGACCGACGGGUACAUGAUCUCGCUGGAGAACUACCGGCGGGUGCUCAGCGUCGACCGAAAGACUGGUCUCGUCAAGGUGGAGGGAGGCAUCAAGCUACAGGACCUGAUCGACGACGCGGCCAGGCACGGGCUCGCCAUGUCCAACCUGGGCUCGAUCACGUGGCAAUCCAUCGCGGGCGCGCUGUCCACCGGUACCCACGGCACCGGCAUCAAGCUGGGAAUUCUGGCCACCUUCGUGCGCGAGCUGGAGCUGAUCAACGCCCAGGGCCAAGUCCUCCGCUGCUCUGCGACCGAGCGGCCCGAGCUCUUCAACGCCGCUCGCUGUGGUCUCGGCGCUCUGGGGGUCAUCUCCACAGUCACCAUUCAGCUGGAGCCUGCCUACCAGCUCCACGCCGUGGAGGUGCCCAUGACCCUCGAGGCCGUGCUCUCCUCGCUCAACACCAUCAUCCACUCGGCGGAGCACGCUCGGUUCUGGUGGGUGCCGCACACCAACAAGUGCUGGGUGUGGCAGGCCAACCGGACCAAGGAGAAGGCGGCCCCUCCUCGCUUCCCCGCGUGGCAGAAUUUGCUCCACAUCUUGGUGGAGCGAAAGCUGUACGAGUUCUUGCUGUGGCUGGGCACCUUCUUCCCUCGGCUGGUGCCCUACAUCAACAAGCUCUACAGCCGCAUCCUGUUCAGCAAGCGCCGCGAGACGAUCGAUCGAAGCGACAAGCAGCUGACGUUCGACUGCCUGUUCCAGCAACAUGUGUCGGAGUGGUCGAUUCCGGUGGCCAACACGGCGACGGCGAUGCUGCGACUGCGGGACCUCAUCAAGGACCUCGACCUCAAGGUCCACUUCAGCGUGGAGGUCCGCUUCACCAAGGCCGACGACAUCUGGCUCAGUCCCUCCUACGGACGUGACUCCGCCUGGAUCGGCAUCAUCAUGUAUCGCCCCUACGGAAGGGAUAUGCCAGGGACGAAGGUCUACUUUGACGCGUUCGAGGAGCUGAUGAAGGAGCUCGACGGCCGACCCCACUGGGCCAAGGCCUUCAAGAUGUCCGAGGUCGAGUUCCGGCAGACGCUGCCCCACUGGGACGACUUCAAGCGCGUGCGGGCCGAGAUGGACCCCACCUCCACCUUCAGCAACGCCUACCUCGAUCGCCUCUUCCCCACCCAGAAGCAACUCACCAGCUGA